UUGGAGAAUUUCGGAGCUGACAUAUAUAAGUGUGAAACGAUCAAAUCCUUCUGAGUCGAUGAGGUGGAAAACCAAGUCAUUCCAAUCCCGGAAUUCCGGGAGUAUUCACGUUGAUGGCUUCGGAAAGAGCCAACUCACCAAGAAGAUGGGAGGAGUGAUCCUUGUCAUGGUGACGAGAAGGGGCGGAGUUCAAGUUUCGUGGAUGAUCGACGCGAAAAUCAGCAGCGGCUCUGUAAGGAUUGCUGAACCUGUGGUGAACCCAGCAAUCCAGCACAGCCAUUGCAGUGCAACGGAAUAGAAAGGAAAGACAGUAUAGAAUAACAGGCGUCGUUAUUCUAUAUGCAGAACCAGACACGAUCGACUUCCUUCGCUGACUUCCUCCGGUGAGUCACACCAGAAUUAUCUUUACCUAAUACUCACUUACACACAUCAACUCUCUUUCAGUUGAGGUUUUCGUUUGUUACUACCAGCCAUCAAAUUGAGUGGUUGCUUGAAUGAAUUAGCGUUCCUGAAAGCAAAACAACUGCGGUUAUUAUAAGUUCGAGCGGGCUACACUUUGUCAGAUUGAAGACUUGUUAGAUUAAAGACUAGAUACCAGCGCAAAUGUUUAGUUUUUCUUUUUCGCUUUAUUUCCCGGCCGGAAUUAAAAUUUCCAGAUGCAUUCGAAUUCUCAGAGUUUUCUCGCUCUUGAGUUCCUGAUAUACUAGUAUAAAAAGUAUGUCUAUUUAUCUAAUUACCUUUGAUGUUCCUAAAGAGUUUUCUUUUCUUUUUUUAUUCUUGCUCUAUUUAGAUGCAAUAAGACAUAAUGACACAAGUAGUUGGGAAACGCCCAACCAAAAUACUUUGAAUCUUAGUUUAUUACCCCACAUUGAAAAAUGGUUAUCAAAGUGAGUUUAGCAGGACGUUUGAAACUAUUUCCAAAAGGGCGCAAAAGGGAGAGAGAUCGGUUUCAUUUCCAUCUAUUGUUAUGCAAACAAGUGGGCUAAGUUUCAAAAAAUUCCCCCCUCCCUUCUUUUGAAUUGUUGCCUUGGGUUUCAGAUGUCGACCGAAUGAGUCUAGUGACUCCAGUCUUGUCGCUGUAAGCAGAGAGUUCGCUAGGAAGUGUAGUAGCGUCUGUAUUAUCUUUAACUAGUUAACGUCCAGUUUUAAAUCGUUUUUGCUUCAACAUGUCCUGCAAAUUAAAUCAAUGCUGUUGCGGCUGCUCACUUCGCACCGGAGCCAUAGCAAUUAGCGUCUUCUCGUUGAUUUCUUCAGUCGUAUCAAUCAUUCGGAUUGUACUUAACUUCUCCGCGCUCAAAGGAAUUUCGUCGAAUGACGCCAAAAUGUUGUAUGGUGUUAUUGUCGGCGAGUUGGUAGGUGCGAUGGUCUUAAUGUUUACGAUCUUUCUUGUUCUGCUCGCCGCAGUGAAGAAUCGAAUGCCCAACCUAAUGUUGCCUUGGCUUGUUGUGCAAAUUGUAUCUAUUAUUGCUAUGUUUUUGUACUUGAUAAUAUUGGCAAUAGCAGGUGCUAAUAUCGGAGUAGUGGAGAUAUUAAUCGCCUGCGUUGGGGGAGCGCUGGGGUUUUACUUCUGGCUGGUGGUGUUCAGUUACUAUCAAGAACUGAAGGCUAAUGCGACGACGGAACAGUUACCAGACGAAAAAGCCACGGGACAGUUAUAACAUUGUUAAAGUUACUUUUCAUUCAGUGCCAAAUUGAGUAUGCAGGUGUUGAUCCUGUUAAGAUUACGACGAUUACGUAUAUAUGCAUACGUUCUUUAAAUGCGACAGUGUUGUGCUUUUGGUAGUCUGAUUUUUCUUUCUUUUUCCCCCGAACGGGAUUGGGUUAUAUCGUUGUGUAUUCAUUUCGACUGGUUUGUUUCUCAAUAGAACUUUUGUUUCAGCCUCA